AUGGCCAGCACGGCGUUGUUGGCGCUCUGCUCCACUGGCGCGUUCAGCGGGCUGGCCGUAGAGGCAGGUGCAGGCGUGUGCCACGCCACACCCGUCUAUGCGGGCCACUCGUGGCACGAGGCCACCUUCCGGCUGGACAUCGCAGGCAGCACCCUGUCGCGCUACCUGCGGGACUUGCUGGUGGCAACGUGCCCUGAUCCAUCGCUGCGGGCCUUGCCCCGCAAGGCCAUCACACAGCUCAAGAAGCGCUGCUGCUAUGUGUCGCUGGACUUUGAGGGUGACCUUCGUAACUCUGACCGCCACCAUCCGGUCAGUUUCUGUUUAGGCAACGGGUGCUCUUUCUGCCUCAGCAGCGAGCGCUUCCGCUGCCCGGAACCCAUCUUCCAGCCGAGUCUGCUAGGCCAGGCCGAGCCAGGACUGCCUGCACUGGCCUUCCAGGCACUGCAGAGGGUCCCUGCGACUCUAAGGACGCGGCUGGCCGAUACCGUGGUGCUGGCCGGUGGUUCCACGCUUUUCCCUGGCUUCACUGAGCGCCUGGAAAUGGAGCUAGAGGCGCAGUGCCGGAGGCAUGGCUAUGGGGCACUGCGGCCUCACCUGGUGGCCAAGCCUGGGCGUGGCACAGCAGUGUGGACAGGUGGCUCCAUGGUGGCCUCCUUGCGUUCCUUCCAACAGCGCUGGAUAACCCGGGCCAUGUACCAGGAGUGUGGCUCCAGGCUGGUGCACAAAGUGUUCAACUGAGUCAUGUUGGACUGGAGGGGAGGUGCCACAUGAGGGGCACAGUGGGCUGAGCUAUAGCUCUAUCAGAGGCAUUGAGUGCCAAAUAAAAGUCUCAAGUGAUUG